AUGCAGCACCAGCAUAGGCUUCUCAUACUGUAUGCAACUCAAACCGGCAAUGCAUUGGAUGCUGCUGAACGUCUUGCUCGUGAAGCCGAACGAAGAUCCUGCCCCAAUAAACUUCUCUCUCUUCAUGAUUAUGAUCCUAGUCUGUUACCUCAGGAAGAGGCUGUCGUUUUUGUGGUUUCUACCACAGGCCAGGGUGAUGCCCCUGAUUCCAUGAAGGUCUUUUGGAGGUUUCUUCUUCAGAGAAACCUAAGCAACCAUUGGCUGAAAGGGGUUCAUUACACUGUCUUCGGUUUGGGUGAUUCUGGUUAUCAGAAAUACAAUUUUGUUGCAAAGAAGCUGGACAAAAGAUUAAUGGACCUUGGAGGAACAACUAUUGUAGAAAGAGGCUUGGGAGAUGAUCAGCACCCUUCAGGCUAUGAAGGUACUCUUGAUCCUUGGAUGUCUUCUCUAUGGAGAAUCUUAAACAUGAUCAAACCAGAAUUAUUACCAAAUGGCCCAGAUGUUGUAAUUCAAGAUACAAUGUUGAUUGACCAACCGAAAGUCCAAAUCUCAUAUCACAAAAUUGAAAAUAUCAAGUCGCAUUUUUCAACUGCAUCAGAUUUAAUGAGUCCUGAUAUUCUUCGGAGUGCUCGUUCAAUGCAUCCGGGAAAUUCUUCUUCUGACAGAAGUGGGCAUCCUGACUGCUUUCUUAAGAUGGUGAAGAAUCUUCCUUUGACCAGACCAAACUUUGGAAAAGAUGUUCGUCAUUUUGAAUUUGAAUUUGUUUCAGAUGCUGUUCAGUAUGACACUGGUGAUGUUCUUGAAAUUCUCCCCGGUCAAGAUUCAGCCGCAGUUGAUGCUUUUAUACAACGUUGUAAUUUGGAUCCUGAUUCACUCAUCACUGUGAGUCCUAGAGAAAUGGAUGAUUGCAAUGGACAUGGCUCUAGAAUGCCUGUAAAAUUAAGAACUUUUGUGGAAUUGACUAUGGAUGUAGCUUCUGCUUCCCCUCGGCGGUAUUUCUUUGAGGUUAUGAGCUUUUUUGCAACAGCUGAACAUGAGAAAGAAAGACUUAAGGAUUUUGCUUCGCCAGAAGGAAGAGAUGACCUGUACCAAUACAACCAGAAGGAGAGGAGAACUGUUCUUGAGGUGCUUGAGGAUUUUCCUUCUGUACAAAUGCCAUUUGAGUGGCUAAUUCAAUUGGUUCCUUUGCUGAAAACUAGAGCAUUUUCCAUAUCAUCUUCUCAAUCAGCUCACCCUUAUCAAGUACACUUGACUGUGAAUGUCGUGUCCUGGACAACACCUUACAAGAGGAAAAAGAAAGGACUAUGCUCCUCGUGGCUAGCAACAUUAGAUCCCUCCAAUGCCGUCAGUAUCCCUGCCUGGUUUCAAAAAGGUUCUCUUCCGACACCAUCACCCUCACUUCCCCUCAUACUUGUUGGACCGGGAACAGGAUGUGCGCCUUUUCGCGGAUUUAUUGAGGAGAGGGCAUUGCAAAGUAAAAAUAUUUCCACUGCUCCGAUUAUGUUUUUCUUUGGCUGUUGGAAUGAAGAUGGUGAUUUCUUAUACAAAGACUUCUGGUUGAAUCAUUCACAAAACAAUGGUGUGCUUUCAGAAGCAAAGGGUGGUGGUUUCUAUGUUGCUUUCUCUAGAGACCAACCUGAGAAAGUUUAUGUUCAGCAUAGAAUGAAGGAACACAGUGAAAGGGUUUGGAACCUAUUAGCCGAGGGAGCUGCUGUUUAUAUAGCAGGUUCAUCAACUAAUAUGCCUACAGAUGUAACAUCGGCUUUUGAGGAGAUUGUAUCGAAAGAAAAUGAUGUUUCAAAGGAAGAUGCAGUUAGGUUGAUUAGGGCAUUGGAAAGGUCUGGUAAAUAUCACAUUGAAGCAUGGUCUUGA